AUGGUUCCUGCUGAGAACUCGAGUUCUCUCCCUGCGGCAGAUCACUGCCCCAACUGCAGCUCCAGCACCCACCCGGAGGUGGACGUGGCCAAAGCCGUGGUCCUGGGGGCGGUGCUGCUGGUGUUCGUGGUGUUCGGGGUCCUGGGGAAUAUCCUGGUCAUCCUGUCGGUGCUGGUCCACCACCACUGGCGCUCCGUCACGCAUUACUUCAUCGCCAACCUGGCGGCGGCGGACCUGCUGCUCAGCUCGGCCGUCCUGCCCUUCUCGGCCACCUCGGAGGCCCUCGGGCGCUGGGUGUUCGGGCGGUCCUUCUGCAGCGUCUGGGCCGCCCUGGACGUCCUCUGCUGCACCGCCUCCAUCCUCAGCCUGUGCGUGAUCUCCAUCGACCGCUACCUGGCCGUCAGCUACCCCCUCAGGUACCCCGCCAUGGCCACGGGGAGGCGGGGCCUGACGGCGGUGGCCGCCCUGUGGGGUGUGUCGGCGGCCAUUUCCGUGGGGCCCCUGUUCGGCUGGAAGGAGCCCGACCCGGAAGACGAGACGGUGUGCCGCAUCACCGAGGAACCGGGCUACGCUUUGUUCUCAGCACUGGGCUCCUUCUACAUCCCGCUGGCCAUCAUCCUGUCCAUGUACUGCCGCGUGUACAUGGUGGCCAAGAAGGGAACCAAAACCCUCAGAGCGGGCGGGAAGAGUGAAGGCGUGGAGAUGGAAGGGGUGAUUCUGAGGAUACACAAAGGGAGCAGCCUUCAGACGGAGAAACAGGACGACGUCGCGGAAACCGCGAGACCCAAACGGCCAUCUUUUAACCUGCCGAAGCUCCUGAAGUUUUCAAGAGAAGAGAAGGCAGCCAAGACUCUCGGCAUCGUAGUCGGGUGCUUCGUUCUCUGCUGGCUCCCUUUUUUUCUGGUUUUACCCAUCGGGUCUGUCUUCCCGUCGUAUAAGCCCUCUGAAACCGUCUUCAAGAUAACGUUCUGGCUGGGUUACCUCAACAGCUGCAUCAACCCUGUUAUCUACCCCUGCUUCAGCCGGGAGUUCAAGAAAGCCUUCCACAACGUGCUGCGUGGCGGCUGCCUGAGGGCGGCGGUGCCGACCAUCAAACCGCAGGGCCACGUCUCCGCUCCGGCCCCCAGCGUGGGGCCCGCACCGAACACCCCUGCUCCCUCAGUCCAGAACCGUGCCAGCGUUUCCUCGUGGGCCGGCUGCAGGGCGCCGUCCACCUCCUCCUCGUCCGUCGGCACCGACCCGUCUCAGAGGGCACAAGUCCAGAGCAGGAAUCUGCUGAAGGUGUGCUGUUUGUCAGCGAGCCGAACUUCGCAGAGCCCCUCAGCGUCAUCAGCCAAGGUGUUGCGCCUUUCUCUUGGAAUUAAAGGGGAAGCUGUCUGACCCGCAUGCUGGAGCGUCUGCUCCCUGCGGACGACGGUUCAGCACAAGCUUCGCAUGUAUAUCUGUGUUCAUCAGCGGCGCUGGAGAGCAGCUUCAGCUGAUAAGAGCUUGUGUCCGGGAGCCAGAAGAAGUUAACUUCAUUACCUUCAGACGUCACAUCAGUCUGCCUGGACUGUCAGAGAGAUUUGGAUGAAUAACUUCAGUCUGUAUUCAAAGAAACUGACUAAGGCCCCAUUUACACAACAACGUUUCAUGUGAAAAAUUCCUCAUUUCAAAAAAGUUUUACAUAAAAUCUAUAUCCGUUUACAUGACAGCAGCAGAAAUGCCAAAAAAAGUAGUUAGUAUGCCAGGCCACUGGUCAGUGCUGUUGUUUCUUU